CCUCACAGCUCAAAUUAAAUCCCAAUCAUUUGUUGCAAUUAAGUUUCAAUCCAAACCCUUCCCUUACAGUCUUUCUUGAGAAAGUCUUGUGUCAGGUUUCUUGCUGUAAUUAUUUUCAAAACUUGGUUGAAAGUUUGGGACAAAGGAUUUGGAUUUAUGGGCAAUUAGUUUGUCUGAAUAUCGAAUCUUUCUUAUUUAGGGUUUAAUUGGGUAUUUUUUUUGAGUUUGAUUCGGCAAUGGAAGGUGGAAAGCACUGCUCGAAGCUUCUAGAAUUGGCUGCCGCAGAUGACUUGUCUGCCUUCGUUGAUCAAGUGGAGAAGAAGGGUUCCGCCAUUGAUGACGUCAGCUUCUGGUACAGCAGGAGCUUCUGCUCCAACAAGAUGACCUUCCAACAUCGUACUCCGCUAAUGAUCGCCGCCCUCUUCGGAAGCUCCGACGUCCUCAACUACAUCCUAAAAUCCGGCAACGUCGACGUCAAUCGCGCCUCCGCCACCGACGGCGCCACCGCCCUUCACUGCGCCGCCGCCGGCGGAUCACCGCCGUCUGUAGAAAUCUCCCGCCUCCUAAUCGCCGCCUCCGGCGACGUCAACGCCGUCAGCGUCGGCGGCAAGAAACCGGCCGAUUUAAUCCCCCCCGCAGUCAGAUCCUCCCCUGGCCCCAAACGGAGAGCCCUGGAGCUCCUCCUCAACGGCCGCGCCGGCCCACCGGAAUCUGAAACGCCGGCGCCGGCAAAACGGGAAUAUCUCACCGACGUGGCGUUGCCGGACAUUAACGCCGGAAUUUACAGCUCCGACGAGUUCCGAAUGUAUAAUUUCAAAGUCAACCCUUGCUCGAGGGCCUAUCCCCACGACUGGACCGACUGCCCGUUCGUCCACCCCGGCGAGAAUGCCCGCCGCCGGGACCCGAGAAAAUACACUUACACCUGCGUCCCCUGCCCGGAGUUCAAAAAGAGCGGCGGCGCGUGCGGAAAGGCCGACGCGUGCGAGUACGCGCACGGCGUCUUCGAGUCGUGGCUCCACCCGGCGCAGUACCGCACGCGCCUCUGCAAGGACGACGCCGCCUGCGCGCGUAAAGUCUGUUUCUUUGCCCACAAGCCGGCCGAGCUCCGGCCGCUCUACGCCGCCACCGGCUCCGCCAUUUCCGACGACCUAACAACGCCGAUAUCGCCUCCCCUGCAUUUUCCGGCCGGCCGCCGGCCGAAGGCGGCGCGUCCGCCGGUGAUCGAGGAGACGGCGAGCCUGUCGAACCUAGACGACAUUUUUCCGGUCCGGCAGCUUCGCGCGAGCUACCCGUCGCCGACGAUGAACCGUAGCCAGAGCUUUGCAGACCGGAGUCCGGCGACCUAUCGGACGGCGGGGAAUUAUCCGGGCGUGAUCGGAUCGAAGCUUGCGGAAUGGAGCUCACCGGACGGGAAGGUCGAUUGGGGUUUUAACGACGAGGUUGCGAGUAAGCUUAGGAAGUCGAUGUCGUUCGGGAUCCGAAGCGGCAAUGUGGCUCCGGCAGUGGCGGUGGCGCCGCCGGGCGGCGACAGGGGGCGGUGGCCGGUGGGCGGGGGGGCGAGGUGGAUUGAGCAAAUGUACAUAGAGCAAGAACAGAUGGUGGCUUGAGAAGAGUGAUGAAAAUAUGUAUUGAAGACUUGGAUAAGUGAUUGUUUGUGAAGGAAACAGAUCAGUUUCUAGGCUGUAGGACUGCUUGAUCAUGAAAAUAUUAUUUUAUUUUAUUUUUAUUUAUUUUGUAAGGUUUCAAAUCAAUUUCUGUCGUUUGUUAAGGAAACAAUCGAUAAAAUAAAUGAGUUUCGAGGAUUAAUAGGGCAA